CUGUAACUGAUUGAUUUCGAUUGAUUUAAAAGAGAUGUCGUGUUGCGCCGAUAGUUCGGGACAGCGUCGAAGACCGAGAAAAUUGGUGGUGAUUUUAGUGAGUUGUUGCGUUUUUCUUCUGGUGUUUUGUGCGUGUUUGUUGACAGCUUUGAUACUCAUUGGAAGACACACACUUUAUAAUCAUCAAGAUGCGAAAUCGUUCAAUAUUUCUUCGGCGUUCAGUUCGAAUGUUAUAAUAGAUGCUGCAAGGAAUGGAUCUUUAAUUUUAUCAGAACCUAUGCCAAUAAAAUUGUACAGGUUACCAAGGAAUGUGCUGCCUAUUUUGUAUGACAUUUACUUGGCGCCCAACUUAGAAACUGGUAUAUUCACUGGUGCAGUAAAUAUUACAUUAAAUAUUACACAAUCGAGUGACAAGGUAAUAUUGCAUAGUCAGGAUUUGGCAAUUAAAUCGGUUCACCUAAAUAUUUCCGAUCAAAGAAUGAUAGAAGUCGAAGAAUAUAAAGAAAAUGAAGUCUUUGAAACUCUUACGGUUAAAACCAAAACUAUUCUGGCACCAGGAAAUUAUAAUUUAAUCGUCGAAUUUCAAGGGUCGUUACUAAAUAGAAUUAGAGGAUUUUAUAAGAGUACAUAUAAAAUGAAAAAUGGAACUGUCAGAUCAAUUGCUACAUCGAAAUUUGAGCCAACUUUUGCCAGACAAGCUUUCCCCUGCUUUGAUGAACCUAAUUUAAAAGCAAGAUUCAAGGUUCGCCUGUUGAAACCGAAAGAUGACAACUACAUUGCCUUAUCAAACUAUCCAAGUGCAAGUGUGACUGAUACACAAGAUGGACAAAUUGUCAGUUUCAAAGAAACGGUACCCAUGUCAACCUACUUGGCUUGCUUUAUUGUAUCAGAUUUUAAACACACAGAAACGACUUUCAAUAAUAGUGGUGUAGAAAUUCCAUUUAAAGUUUUCUCAUCACCUGAACAACUGUCCAAAACUAAAUAUGCUGCAGAAGUCGGAAAGAAAGUCAUCGAAUAUUACGUUGAUUAUUUCAAACUGGAAUAUCCUCUUCCAAAAUUAGAUAUGGUUGCAAUUCCCGACUUUGUGUCAGGGGCUAUGGAACAUUGGGGUUUAGUAACUUAUAGGGAAACUGCAUUGCUUUACACAAAUACCACUCAUUCAUCUGCUAAUAAACAACGUGUCGCUACCGUAAUUGCCCACGAAUUAGCACACAGUUGGUUUGGAAACUUGGUAACAAUGAACUGGUGGAAUGAUUUGUGGCUAAAUGAAGGAUUUGCUUCAUACAUUGAAUACAAAGGAGUAGCAGCAGUAGAAGACACAUGGGAAAUGAUGGAUCAAUUUUUGAUUGAUGAUUUACAUCCAGUAUUAUCUCUGGACGCCACUUUGGGAUCUCAUCCAAUUAUUGUGACCGUCGAAACUCCUAAUCAAAUUACAGAAGUGUUCGAUACAAUUUCUUAUAACAAAGGUGCUUCAAUUUUAAGAAUGUUGGAGAACACGGUCGGUAGUGAAAACUUCCGGAACGGAGUAACUAAAUAUUUGGAGCGGCAUACGUACGGAAAUGCUGUUACUCAGAACUUACUUAAUCAACUCCAACCGAUCGUUGGUUCAGAACUUAAUAUUACCUCAUUCAUAGACACAUAUACCGUUCAAAUGGGCUAUCCCAUUCUUACUGUCACUGUAGAUGGAGAUAAAUACACUUUUACGCAAAAACGUUUCCUUAAAGAUCCAGAUGCGAAAUAUGAUGGUGUCGAACCUUACAAUUAUAAAUGGACUGUCCCAAUAACAUAUGUUACGGACUUGGGAAAAUCAGACACUUAUACAUUGUUUGAAUAUAACAAAGACAGUGUGACUAUAGAGAAGCCCUCUAAUGCCAAAUGGAUUAAAUUUAACUACGAUCAAGUAGGCUACUACCGUGUAAAUUAUCCAGAAGCAGAAUGGUCCAAACUUAUCGAAAAUUACAAAUCCCUCAGUACCGCUGACAGAACUCAUCUCUUAGAAGAAUCAUUCAGCAUUGCCGAGGCUGGUUUAUUGAAAUAUUCCAUCCCACUUGAUCUCACAAAAAUGCUGGUUGAUGAAAUCAAUUAUAUUCCCUGGAGCGUUGGUUCUACUAUGUUGCAAAAAAUUAAAGGAUUUUUGUCAGACUCAGUCGAAGAGAAAUUCGAUAAUUACAUCAGGAAUGUUACGGAUAAAGCUUACGGACAGUUAACUUGGACUGAAUCCGAUGAUGACAGUCAUUUAAAAAGGUUGGCGAGAGUUGUUAUUUUGGGACUUGCCUGUGCGGUUGAUCACGAAGACUGUUUAAAGGAAGUCAAAUCGAAAUUUGAUGAAUGGAUUGCCAGUCCCGCUACCGUUGUUUUGUCUCAGGAUCUAAGAGGUCUAAUUUAUAGAUAUGGAAUGAAAACGGCUGAUGAAGCUACAUGGGAAAAAUUGUUUGAAGUAUUUAAAGCAGAGACUGAUUCUAAUGAAAAAUUAAAACUCCUAUAUGGUUUAGCCUCUAUUAAUGAUACAGCUAUACUUCAAAAAUUGUUAAAUCUUGCUGCAGAUGAAACGUAUAUUAGGAAUCAGGAUUACUUCACGUUCCUGAGUUACGUGUCGGCUAACAAGCUAGGAACAUCAAUUGUUUGGGAUUAUGUCAGAAACAACUGGGAGAAACUGGUGGACAGGUUUGGAUUAAGUGAAAGAAACUUGGGAAGGGCAAUACCAACAGUAACUCAGAGGUUUAAAACAGAAGACCGAUUAAAUGAAAUGAAAGAAUUCUUCGCCAAGUAUCCUGAUGCAGGUGCUGGCGCUACUGCCCGAGUUCAAGCUCUCGAGACUGUCAGUAAUAAUAUUAAAUGGGUGAACCGAUACAAGGCGGUAGUUGAAGACUGGAUAUCAAAUGUUUCGUGAUUUCAUUAAAGAUUUUAGAAACUAUCCUAUUAGGUUGACCAAAGACCAGUGCAUAACAUCUUAAUUUUGAUAUUGUUUACCAAAUUGUUUACGAUUAUUGUAAAUACUACCAUUAGACUAUUUUACAAAAAUAAUAAAAUUAUGAAAAAUC